AGUCGCAAGGCGCACAUUGUGACAGUCGGGGCUGAGCUGGUGAAAUGGCGGCGCCGCGGCAGCGCGAUCUCAGCUCUCUUUAAACUUGUAUCUAUUGUUAAAACAGCGGACCGAUUGCCUCUGUAACCCCGGGACCCGCGCACCCGGGAACCCCUCGAUCUCCUCAUUCCGUAUCUGGGGUUCAAAUAUUCGCGAGCGGGACGCUUCGGGUGUAAAUUGCGUUUCUCCCGACCAGGCCUGAGCAAGCCCCCGGCGCAGGGUGAGGAGCGGCGCCGCUCUUGGAGACUCGGGGUCUGGCAGCGGUGCGGGAAGGGAGAGCCCGGCUUCACGAACAAAACCGGAGCGAUUCUCCCGUGGAAAGCGGCUUUCUAUCUCAAACCCUUUGCGGCAGAUUUUGUGCUCGUUUUGUGCUCUGUCGAGGAUCACAGUGGAAGGGUUUGUCGUCGGUUCCGAACCCGGGUUAUAAACACGCCUGUACUUUCCUUGAUCGAGCCCCGUCAGCGGGUCCGGUCCGGUCCGGUCCGGUCCGGUGAGAUGGCCUCGGUCGCGGUGUACUGCCUCUGCCGGCUCCCCUACGACGUGACCCGCUUUAUGAUCGAGUGCGACAUUUGUCAAGACUGGUUUCACGGGAGCUGUGUGAGAGUGGAGGAGUCGAAGGCAGCAGAGAUCGACCUGUAUCACUGUCCAGACUGCCAGGUCACCCACGGACCCUCCGUCAUGAAGAAGCGACGAGGCUCUCACAAGCAGGAGGCUGUGGGAUCCGGGUUCAAGGAGCCCCAUCGCCCGGUUCAGACUGGCAGCCUCCAGUUCAUCAAGGAGCUGCACACGCGAGUCUUCCCCAGUGCUGACGAGGUGGUCUUGAAGCCCAGCGGCUCUCAGCUCACAGUAGAGUAUUUGGAGGAGAACACGUUCAGUGUGCCCAUCCUGGUCACCAAGAAGGAGGGGCUGGGCAUGAGGCUGCCCCCCAGCAGCUUCUCCGUCAACGACGUGGAGGACCACAUAGGGGCUGAUAAGGAGAUCGAUGUGAUUGAUGUGAGCCGUCAGGCCGACUGCAAGAUGAAGCUGGGAGACUUUGUGCGCUAUUACAACAGCCCAGAGCGAGACAAGGUGCUGAAUGUCAUCAGCCUGGAGUUCUCAGAAACCAGACUGUCGAACCUGAUUGAGACCCCCAAGAUCGUGCGCAAGCUGUCCUGGGUGGAGAACCUGUGGCCGGAGGAGGCAGUGUUCGAGCGUCCCAACGUGCAGAAGUACUGUCUGAUGGGAGUGAAGGACAGCUACACCGACUUCCACAUCGACUUCGGGGGCACCUCUGUCUGGUACCACGUGCUCCGGGGUGAGAAGAUUUUCUACCUGAUUCGUCCGAGCCCCGCUAACCUGACCUUGUUUGAGAGGUGGAGCUCCUCGUCCAAUCAGAACGAGAUGUUCUUUGGGGACCAGGUGGAUACAUGCUACAGGUGUUCAGUGAAGCAAGGCCACACCCUCUUCAUACCCACAGGAUGGAUUCACUCUGUUUUGACUCCAGUCGACUGUCUUGCCUUUGGGGGAAAUUUUCUCCACAGCCUGAACAUUGAAAUGCAGCUCAGGGCCUAUGAGAUUGAGAAGCGGUUAAGCACAGCUGAUCUGUUCAGGUUUCCAAACUUCGAGACUGUGUGCUGGUACGUAGGAAAACACCUGCUGGACACAUUCAGAGGGCUGCGUGAGAAUCGGAGACACCCAGCUGCCUAUCUGGUCCACGGAGCCAAAGCCCUGAACAAUGCGUUCUGUGUCUGGACACGCAGAGAGGCCCUGGCAGAGCACGAGGAGGAGAUCCCCGAGACCAUUAAAACACAGCAACUGGUGAAGGACCUGGCCAAGGAAAUCCAGCUGGUGGAGGAUAUCUUUCAACAGAACCUGGGCAAGACCGGGGCUCCCUUCGGAGCGCUGCGUGGCCCUCAGCCCAGCCAGGCGAGCCCCAGCAGCUCCUCUGGGAGGCCCCCGGGGAGGAGGAGGGGCUCCAAGGCCAAGGAGAGCCCCGCUGCCCCCACUAACCCCUCCGCAGUCACCCCUGGGAAGAAAAGGGGGCGUAAGAGCAAGGAGAGUCUGGCAGCAGCAGCAGCAGCAGCAGCAGCGCAGACAGCCAAGACACCAGGGGGCGCUGCAGAGCUGGACCUGCUGGAGAUUCACACCAAACACACGCUCAAGAAGUUCCAGGGAAGCAAACAGCCAUGCAAAGCCAAGUUUGAUCUGCCGGCCUCGUGUCUGGGUGAGCUGGAGGGCGAAAUCGACGAGAGCAAACUGCAACUCAUACUGACCAACGGGAAAAUACUGAGUAAGAAGGGGGUGAAGUCGACGUCGGGCUCCGCCCGUUUCCAGCCCCUGCUGGGACCCCUGGAGGGGGUCGGGGGGGUGCGGGGCAGCUUUGAGUACGACUCGGAGGAGGACCUGCAGAUCGACGAGACCCCCAAGAGAAAGAGGAGACCCGCGCUGAGCAAGAAGAAACUGGCAGGCCUGCCCAGGAAGCUACCGAGAGCCAAGCCCUGCUCAGACCCCAAUAAAAUCAGGGAGCCGGGAGAGGUGGAGUUCGACAUUGAGGAGGAUUACACCACUGAUGAGGACCCCCCCACAAUGCAUGAUGGGAAGCAGGGGGGUGCGGGGGGGAUCCUGGACCUGCUCAAAGCCAGCAAGCAAGUGGGGGGGCUGGACCCUGCAGCACUGAGCGAGGACGCUCCAGCCUCUCCCAGCACUCAGGAAGCAAUCCAGGGCAUGCUGUCCAUGGCCAACCUCCAAUCAUCUUCCUCCUCGGGGGCGGGGGGAGCAGGAGGAGGCGGGGCCUCCUGGUGGGGAGGCGGGGCCGAGCGAGGAGGGGGCGGAGCCUCCUCACAAUCUGGGAAGGCGGGGCUUGUGGUGCAGAGGCCGGGGAAGCGGCCAGUCAGACGGCCCGCUCGCAGGGACAGCGAUGCUGGGGAGGAGAGUGUGGACGAGCAGGAGACUCUGGGGACCUGUUUCAAGGACUCGGAGUACAUCUACCCCUCUCUCGAGUCGGACGAGGACGACCCAGCCCUCAAAUCGAAAAGCAGGAAGAAGAAGAAGAACUCGGACGACGCCCCCUGGAGCCCCAAAGCCCGCGUCAUCCCACGCUCCCCAAACAGAACCGCCCCGUUCGGGAGGGUGCGAGGGUCGCCUCUAUCGAAACAGGACUGGCUGCAGCCGCUGCCAAACUGGCACAGCAGGUACUGAACUGGG